ACGCCCGCACGCUUAGACAGUAGCGCUGGUUUAUAUCAAAUUUAUUGCGAUUUCUUGCACUUUGUUGUAGUCUGCUGCUGUAUCUAAUUACAUGAAAUUUAUGGCAAUAAAUAAUGAUAUAUAGUAGUUUAAUACGACGCUAAUAAUUAUAAAUUAUAAGUAUAGUACCAUCUAAGGAUCACACGUUUAACAAAAGAAAAUUCAUAAAAAUAAAAAUAAUUUGGUAGUGAUUAAACAUGCUGAGGAUUGUUCAAAAUUCAAUUUACAAAAAUUUCAAUAAUUCAUGCGCAAGAAGCAUUAGACAACAUUCUUCAACAGAACAGGAAAAUAAGAAAGAAAGUGAACGACUAAAAGAAUUCAGAAAAAAACUUCAAGAAACACGUCCUUUGGGAGCAACCGGAAUAAAAAAAGAUAAAAUGGUAGAGCAAAUGUCUAGUACAAAACACUUGAGGGCUAAAGCUCCUUUAGAAAAAUUAGAGGAGCUUGAAGAAGGAAUGCAUCCUUAUCAGGAAAAGGAACCUUUAGAGCCUUUCCCUGAUAAUAUCAAUCCAAAAACCGGAGAACAAGAUGGACCUAAAGGACCUGAACCAACACGUUAUGGCGAUUGGGAACGAAAAGGUCGUGUUACCGAUUUUUAAGUUUUGAUACUAGUGUACAACAAAAUGUUAGUUGCAACUAUUGAUUAUUUUGUAAUAAAUAUAGCGGAAAAAAAAUUGAGCCUUAAAUAUGUAGAUUAUAGAGAGUUACCGUAAGUACCAAAUGUUUAACGUGUUUUAUCUGUGUGUGUGUGUGUGUGUGCGUGCGUAGAGAGACACACACACUUAAUUAUCACCCAAAUAAACUCAUUGGCAAACUGUUUAAGACAACGAUCACUUCCACUAGACUUAAGAAACACAAAUUGAUAAAAAUAUAAAUAAAGCAAAAUCCAUCUCAUGUACAUACAAGCUAAA